AUGUCUAGCGACGGGGAGGAGAUCGUGAUCCCAGUGGCUGAUGAGUUUAGUGAUGGGAACCCAGACACCUGGCCCAAAAAUGACAGUAGAUGGGAAUAUGCAUUUAAAGAUGACAUUGGCUGGCGAUACGGCCUUGCAGAGAGAUGGGUGAAAGAGCAAGGUGCUUAUGUUGCGGGCUGCACGUACAUUCUCGAUAAGCUACCAGAAGGAUAUGCCUACGUGGAUCGACCUAGAGGAUCGAAUCCCAAAUUUCGUGAUGCUUUUCUGUUUGGCCACCCAAGUGGCAUCUACUUUCAGUCCCGCAACACCUUCUUUCCCCACUUCUACUGGUUAAUGACAGGGCGAAAGGGGGUCGUACCAAGGCUGAAAUGGAAGCAGCGCGUGCAAGUCUGGGGGGGUAGUACCAGUGCCCCACUGGGCCCGCAGCACCGGAGCAAGCCUGGUCCCAAGCCCAGAGAACCUAUCAGUGACAAAUACCCAAAGGAUGAAGACGGCCCAAACUACUGGAAAAUGCACAUCAUGGAUCUCAAGGACAAAGGAAGCUUGAAUGAAACCAUCCAGCACCCAAUGAACAUGGAUUGGGUAUUAACCCACGAAUGGCUGGAAGAGUACUUUGUUCGACUGCGCCUUCAGCCGUCAUUCCUUCCUCGCCGCGGAGAAAUUGUUCUAUGGCUCCACCCCUAUGAAGGAAGGCUUGAGUGGAACAGUGAAGGUAAAUGCUACCAGAUCCGUAACCCCGAUGGCACCUGGGGGGAGAAGCCUCAGUGGCGAGCAGGGAUAGUUACCCAGAUCCCGGAGGAGCCCAACACCUAUCUCGAUAUUCUUGAAACCACGAAAAAAGAGAGCCCCAUCAACUACUCGGGGUAUGUUCCCCUGAAGUGCAUCAGGCCUUUCAGUGGAUUCUGCCGAUUCCUUCAAUCCAUUCCGCGCGAGCAAUUCCAUCCCUCGAUCGAACAUGCGAUUACAACUAUGGCAUCCUGGAGUCUGCUCUCGCAUAUUCGUUUCCAUGGAACCUGGCCUAAUGCACUUCUGGAAAACCGCGGCAUCUAUAUCGGCUCCGAGCUGAUCGCCUUGCGUGAUGUUGUGCGGCUCAAGCCAUUCGGGAUGACUGUUGAAGACACUAUCAGCGGAGGAUCUGUCCAUCGCGGGUCCGUCGAUCCUGUUGACGUCCUGAUUGUCGAACGAAUCUGGCUCGAAAUGAAUGAAUGCAAUGCAGACCCGGACUCGCCCCAGCUCGCGAAAGAAAUGCGCCCCUUCAUCGCAGGCCGAGUGUACACCCGCGACCCUAACCGGCUUACCCGUCCGAUGGCCUUCGACAAGGACCCUUUGCAGCCGCUCACCUACGACGAAGUCUGCAAUGCCUUCCGGCAGGUUGGAAUGCAUCUUUAUGGCGAUUGGUACCGUGUUGCCGCUGGGAAGAUGUGCGUGGUGUCCCCAUCGAUGAUCCUCGGCCGCUGCUUCGAGCCCGAGGCGAGCGUGAUGUACAACGGAGAUGACCGUCUCGAUUACGACCUCAACAGCGUCCUGGUCGGCCGCCGCUUCUCAAGCAAUGCCGACGCCCGUAUCCCCGACGGCGUCGGUUGGUUCUGGGGGAAUAGCCGCGUGGAAACGCUAGGCCUGGCGACUCUCAACGAUGUGGAGUGCGGGCUCGGCGCUCCGCAGCGAGCCAACCCCGGCCGAUGGCAGGCCAUCUUGAAGAUCCUCAGCGGACCCUACACGGAUGCCGACAUCCGACGUGCGGAGCUACCUCGCCGUGCCGGACGGCCCUCACUCAAGAAGAAGUUCGGCGACAUCGGUGCCGCGCCACUGGGCGAUAUGAGCGAUGACUCCGAGGCAGGGCUUUCCGAGGGUGAGCUUCGAGCAUCCAUUCCCUUCCGGCCUACCCGCAAUGAAGAUGAGAUGAAGGAUGAGGCUGAGGAUGGGAAUGUUGCG